AACAUGGCGGCUCGGCGCUGGCUGGCGACGUGUCGUCAUUCAGCGGCGACACAAGAUAACAGCUAAUCUGCGAGCUGCUGUUUUCGAUAAAUAAUCUGAAAUAAAACCGUUCGGUUUGUGUUUUGGGAUGACGUCAGCCUCUGCGAAGGUGGGGGAGAUUUUCUCAGCAGCCGGAGCAGCGUUCUCAAAGCUGGGCGAGCUGACCAUGCAGCUGCAUCCGGUCUCUGACUCCAGUCCUGCAGGAGCCAAAUGGACAGAGACGGAAAUCGAGAUGCUGCGGCUUGCAGUGCGGCGAUUCGGAGACGACCUCAACAACAUCAGCACCGUGAUCAAAGAGCGCACCAUCGCUCAGAUAAAGAGCACGGUGAAGAGGAAGUUGUACGAGGACAGCAGAAUCCCAAUUUCAACAGAGUCCCAGAAGAAGACCUUCAAAAAGACAGCUGUUGCCGUGACACCGGCUCCGGCGCCCGCCUCUCCCGUCGUGAUCUCGGUGCCGACGUCGCAGGUCACCGUGGCAACGGGGAUGCAGAGCAGUCCAUCUUUAGCCCCGCCCAUUAAGAAGCAGAAGACUGCAGACGUGACACUGAGCGCGCUGAAUGACUCGGACGUCAACAGUGACCUGGUUGACAUCGAAGGACUCGGGGACGGCUCGUCCAACAAGAAGCUCAACUUUGACCAAGAGAGUCUGAACUUGGACUCCAGCCUCAUCAUGAACUCCAGUGACCUCCCGCUGCUGUCCCGUUGACCCCAUGUGACCUCUGACCUUCUGCUGU